UUGACAUUGUUGUGAAUUCGCUAGUCAUAGAACUCGUGUAUUCUGUACUUUCUUCAAUUGAUCCACAACUGUUUUAAAAUAAAUUAUUUUGAAGGAUAUAUUCAGAACUUUCUGGGAAAAUGGAUAAAAACAGCGCAGCGUUGGUGAAGAAAUUGCAGUCUGAGUUGGACGCCUAUCAAAAUUUGCAAAAAACCUGCGUAAAGCUUGUGAAACAGCGUACACUUCUAGAAUCUCAGCUUAAUGAGAACAAGUGUGUGCUUGACGAAUUAAACCUACUCGGCCCCGAUAACAAAGUUUACAAGUUGUAUGGGCCUGUCCUUGUGAAACAAGAUCUGGAGGAGUCACGACAAAAUGUUGGUAAACGUAUAGAGUAUAUUUCUAAAGAACUGAAAAGUUCUAACGAUACUUUGGAAAAUAUGGAAAAAGAUAUGACAAAACACCGCGAGACAGUGCAAAAGCUGCAACAACAAUAUCAGGUGGCUGUGGCAAUGAAGUGAGAAUUAGUAAAUUACGUCUACAACAAUUAAGCAGACAUAUAUAAACUGAAACAAAACAAAAUAUGUCCACUGCAGAGUACAGCAAUGAGGAAGGGUGUCAUUGUUCGAUUUACAAUUAAUCUAAGAAUUUUAUUUAAUGCAUAAAAGUAAUUCUAACCUA